CCGCGGCCGAGGGAAUUCCCCAACCGGUUCCAUGCAUUUUUACCUCGGCUCAACGAAUACCCCAGAAACGGGUGAUAAUCUCCCCUCAUCUCCUUUCUUCUCCAACUCAACUUGUCCUACCCACCAUCAACUUCACCUCACCCUUCGCAAUCCCUCCACCUCAAUCCCACUACAAACACAAAAUGUCACAGCCAUACACCUACGAAUACUUCACAGUGACCUUCCCAGCAGAGCACCAAUAUGUGGCCCACGUCGAAAUCAACCGUCCCGCCAAACUCAACGCCUUCAUCGAAGCAAUGUGGCACGAACUCUCCAACCUGAUAAACCGCCUGUCCACCGACCCCUCAAUCCGGGCCAUCGUCCUCAGCGGCGCAGGCCCAAAAGCCUUCACGGCCGGUCUAGACGUGCACGCCGCGUCGCAGGGGACUCUUUCCCCGUCAGACAACACCGAAGAACCGCUCGACCCCGCGCGCAAAGCGACCCAGCUGCGGCGCCACAUCCUGGAAUUUCAGCACUGCAUCUCGACACUAGAGAAGUGCGAGAAACCGGUCAUCGUGGCCAUGCAUGGCUUUUCGCUGGGACUGGCGAUCGACCUCAGCGUGGCGGCGGAUGUGCGCGUGUGCGCGGCGGAUGUGCGGUUUGCCGUGAAGGAGGUCGAUAUCGGGUUGGCGGCGGAUAUUGGGACGUUGAGUCGGUUGCCCAAGGUCGUUGGGUCGUUUGGGUGGGUGAAGGAGGUGAGUUUGUCUGGGAGGGAGUUUGGGGCUGAGGAGGCGUUGAGGGUUGGGUUUGUGAGUCGGGUCUUUAAAGAUAAGGAGGAGGCGGUAAAGGGGGCGCUGGGGUUGGCGGCGUUGAUUGCGGGGAAGAGUCCGGUUGCGGUGCAGGGGACGAAGGAGUUGUUGAAUUGGUCUAGGGAUCGGAGUGUUGAGGAUGGGUUGAGGUAUACGGCUGUUUGGAAUAGUGCUGCGUUGCAGACUAGGGAUGUUGAGGCUGCGUUAUUGUCCGGCAUACAGAAGCGGAAGCCUACGUUUGAGAAGUUGUAGGGCUCGGGGAUUGUGUAUAGUACGGAGUACUGCUGGUUUGGUACUUGCUGUUAGAAUGAUUGCUUUCACU